UAUACCCAUUCCCCUUUAUUUAUUUACUUUUUAGCACAGUUUAAGCAUAUAACACAUAGUAUCCUAUGGUUAUAGUAAUAUAAACAUUUUAAAUAGUAAAACACUAAACACCAGUUACCACCAACGGAACCAGCUGACUGCUGAUUAAUAGUUGAGUCGUGACGACGGGACGUGAGUCCGAAGGAUUCAAAUUAAUUACAAGGAUGCAGCGAUGCAAAUAAUUUAUGUAAUGGAUAAACAAUUUAAUAAUACCAAUAAUGUAUCCAAUUCAAAAACUUUGGACGCAACAGAAUUUUAUUUUGAAACAGACUUUUACUUAUUAAAAAAUAAUAAAGAUUAUAAAAAUUUAUUGAAAUCUUUGGCUAUACUUGAAGUACAAAGAUGUACAACAAUUCAAAAUAUUGAAAAACUUGCUGUGUUAAAAGAUGAUUUAUCAAAAAAUCCUUUGUUGACUUUGCAGAAAAUUCUUAAACGUGAUGAAGUAGGUACAUUAAAAUCAGUUACUGUUCAUUCGUUGCCAGAUAUUGACUGGUCAGUGUAUAUAAAUAAUGAUGAAACAGAAAAUGAACCAAUCAAACAAGUAUGCGAUUUUAAUUUACGACAUAAAAAUGUUUCUGAUAAACAAGAACCACAGACAAACAAUACAACUUCAGAAAUGGAAAAACCAGAAACAUUUAAAAAACCUUGGACAGUUGAAGAACAAUUGCGUCUUGAAGAACUUUUAAUCGAAUAUCCACCUGAAAGAAAUGAAAGUAACAGAUACAGAAAAAUAGCUGAUGCUUUGGGUACAAGAAAUUUGAGACAAGUCUGUAGUAGAGUUCAAAAGUAUAAUAUGAAAAUGAAAAAAGUUGGUUCAAUUAAAACCAUUAAUGCAAAUUCAAAAAAUUUAAAUAAAAAAACUGUAUCAUUAAGUCAUAAAAAUAUUGGUGCAUUAUUAAAACCAACCACAUUUAUACCAUCAACAACAUUAAUUGAUGAUGUUGAUGUUUAUAAUGCCAAUCGAAAUAACUUCAAUGUAAGUCACAAAAAUAUUGAAAUGAAUAAUAAAACAAAAUUAGAAAUCUUAGAUGAAGUAUUAAAAGACAAACUUACAGAAAAAAAUAGUCCUAUUGUGCAUAUUGAUUUUACAUGUUGCAUAUGUCAGUCAUCCCCUAUUGUUGGAACAAGAUGGAAUUGCAAUGAUUGUCCUACUAUUGGUAAAAGUACUAAUUUUUGCAGUGAUUGCAUAGUUGACACAGUUCGAAACAUUCGAAAACCUCCACAUCCUAUGGAUCACAUAGUUACUCCUAUUAGAACCGUUCAGGUGAAUGAUGAUAAUAUUGACAAUCUCGUUGACCAAAAUUAUGUCCCUUUAGUAUUUAAAACUCAAAACUACUUGGAUCCAAAUUUUAUGGUAUAGAAUUACUUAUAUUUGUUAUUUGUAUUGUAUCAUGAAUUAAAAUGUAAAUUUAUUUUUAUUUUUCUAAUAAGCCAUUAAUUUCAUUAUC